AUGAUGUCGCUAAAAUUUUCUUCAAUUCAUAAACCAUUACACCGAAGCUACGCGACCAAAGGAAAGCAGGUUAAAGAUGUUAAUUAUCAAUACUUACAAAGAAGCAAAGUGCCAACUAUGCAUUUUCAAAAGUCAUUGCCACGUUUGCCAAUCCCUGAUUUAGGCAAAAGCCGUGAUCGCUACCUCAAUGCUAUCCGGCCCUUACUCGCUAAAGACCAGUAUGAAGCCGCUGUGAAAAGAACUGAUAACUUUGUAAACAAAGAGGGUAAAGAAUUACAAUCCAAAUUAGUUAAUAAGGACAAAUUAAACAAGCAUACCAGCUACAUAUCAGAUUAUUGGUUUGAUCUUUACUUAAAAGAUAGAUCAGCUCUACCCAUUAAUUAUAAUCCAUUGAUUGUGUUUCAAAAUGAUUUAAGACCAGAUUAUAAUAACCAGUUACUAAGAACCUCAAAUUUAUUAGUGAGUGCAGUGAGAUUCAUGAUGGCUCUAAGGGAACAAAUUCUUGAGCCUGAAGUGUAUCAUUUGCAGCCAAAAAAAAGCAAUACUCCUUUAUUCAGGACAGUUACUGGUUUGCUACCAGAAAGACUAUCUUGGUAUGGAGCCUAUUUAUUCAAAGCAUUUCCCUUAGAUAUGAGCCAAUUUGUUGGUCUAUUUAAUGCAACUAGAAUACCUCUAGUGAGUAAAGAUAAAAUCUUCAGGGAUGCGAGUUGUAAUCAUGUUGUGGUACAGAAAAAUGGUCAUUUCUACAUCUUUGAUGUUGUGGAUUCUGAUGGUAACAUACUGUCACCGACAGAAAUCUUAGGUAAUAUGUCUCAAAUAAUGGAAGACAAAACACCGAAGGCUGAAUAUCCCUUAGGAAUAUUAACAACCCAAAAUAGAGAUGUGUGGGCUAAACAGAGAACAUAUUUAGAAGAAAAUGGUAAUCAAGAAACACUUAGAAAAAUUGAUUCAGCCAUAUUCAACAUAGUAUUAGACGAUGAAACUAUUGAUGGCAAUAAACACAAAAUAUUAACAAAUUAUUUACAUGGGGAUGGAUUGAAUAGAUGGUUUGAUAAAUCAUUUAGUCUCAUCACUACUAAGGAUGGCGUUUCUGGUAUUAACUUUGAACAUUCGUGGGGAGAUGGCGUCGCUGUGCUCAGGUUCUUUGAGGAUAUUUAUAAAGAAACUACAACAAAGCCAUUCUUAACUCCAGACAGUAAACCCUCUAAGAACAAUAUAACUGUAAAAAAAUUAGAGUUUAAUUUGGAUGAUAAAUCGAAAAACUUUAUUAUGAAUGCUAAAAAUGAAUACAGUGAUUGGUGCAACUCAUUAAGCAUUGAUUAUAUUUUGUAUGAACAACUAACAAAAGAGGCUUGUAAGAAAUUUAAAGUCAGUCCAGAUUGCAUAAUGCAAUUGGGUUUUCAGGCUGCAUAUCAUUUGUUGCACGGGAAAUAUGUGGGCACUUAUGAAUCCUGCAGUACAUCAGCAUUUAAACAUGGAAGGACAGAAACUAUGAGACCUUGCACAGAUAAAACAAAGGCGUUCUGUGACCUACUACAUUCUAAGAAGGCAUCAGAUCAGGAACUGAGAGCAUUGAUGCAGGAGUGUUCAUUAUAUCAUUCCAACUUAACAAAAGAAGCAGCUAUGGGACAGGGUUUUGACCGACACUUGUUUGCACUAAUGAAGAUAGCCGAAGAAAAUCAUUUACCGAGACCUGAAAUAUUUGAUUCCUAUGAAUAUAAGUACUUGAAUAAGUCAAUAUUGAGUACAAGUACAUUGUCCUCUCCAAGUGUAUUGGCCGGUGGUUUUGGUCCCGUUGUCAAAGAGGGUUUCGGAAUUGGGUAUUCAGCAUUCGCAGAUAAACUAGGUGCAGCCGUAGCAAGUUAUAAACAACACAAUAAUAGUAGCGAAUUCGUACAGGCUCUACAAAAAUCAUUUGAAGAUAUAAGAAAAAUUUUGAACUCUUGA